CGCCUGGGGCCCCUCCGAGAGCCGGAGGCAAUGGAUGAACAGAGCGUGGAGAGCAUUGCUGAAGUUUUCCGAUGUUUCAUUUGUAUGGAGAAGUUAAGGGAUGCACGCCUGUGUCCUCAUUGUUCCAAGCUUUGUUGUUUCAGUUGUAUCAGGCGAUGGCUGACAGAGCAGAGAGCACAGUGUCCUCAUUGCCGUGCUCCACUUCAACUCCGUGAAUUAGUAAACUGUCGUUGGGCAGAAGAAGUAACACAACAGCUUGAUACACUUCAGCUCUGCAGUCUAACCAAACAUGAAGAAAACGAAAAGGACAAAUGUGAAAACCACCAUGAGAAACUUAGUGUGUUUUGCUGGACUUGUAAGAAGUGUAUCUGCCAUCAGUGUGCACUUUGGGGAGGAAUGCAUGGUGGACAUACCUUUAAACCUUUGGCAGAAAUUUAUGAGCAGCAUGUGACUAAAGUGAACGAAGAGGUAGCCAAACUUCGUCGGCGUCUCAUGGAACUGAUCAGUUUAGUUCAAGAAGUGGAAAGAAAUGUAGAGGCUGUAAGAUAUGCGAAAGAUGAACGUGUUCGGGAAAUUAGGAAUGCAUUUGAGAUGAUGAUUGCACGGUUAGACACGCAGCUGAAGAACAAACUUAUAACACUGAUGGGCCAGAAGACAUCCCUAACACAAGAAACAGAACUGUUGGAAUCCUUACUUCAGGAGGUGGAGCAUCAGUUAUUAUACUAUUUUAUAUUUCCACCAGUAGUGUUGGAGAAUCCUUCCUCCAUAUACUUGGCAACACAUGGUACAGUCAGUCCUGUGAAUUUUAGCCAUUUUUAUAGUGAAUUAGUGCCAUCUUAUGAUUCAGCUACUUUUGUUUUAGAGAAUUUCAGCACUUUGCGCCAGAGAGCAGAUCCUGUUUAUAGCCCACCUCUUCAAGUUUCAGGACUUUGCUGGAGGUUAAAAGUUUACCCAGAUGGAAAUGGAGUUGUGCGUGGCUACUACUUAUCAGUGUUUCUGGAACUCUCAGCUGGUUUGCCUGAAACGUCCAAAUAUGAAUAUCGUGUAGAGAUGGUUCAUCAGUCCUGCAAUGAUCCUACUAAAAAUAUCAUUCGAGAAUUUGCAUCUGACUUUGAAGUUGGAGAAUGCUGGGGUUAUAAUAGAUUUUUCCGUUUGGACUUACUUGCAAAUGAAGGAUACUUGAAUCGACAGAAUGAUACAGUAAUUUUAAGGUUUCAGGUACGUUCACCAACUUUCUUUCAAAAAUGCCGGGAUCAACAUUGGUAUAUUACUCAGUUGGAAGCUGCACAGACUAGUUAUAUUCAACAAAUAAACAACCUUAAAGAGAGACUUACCAUUGAACUGUCUCGAACUCAGAAAUCAAGAGAUUUGUCACCACCAGAUAAUCAUCUUAGUUCCCAAAAUGAUGAUGGCCCCGAGACACGAGCUAAGAAGUCUGGGUCUAGUUCUGACAUGCUUCUCGAAGGUGGUCCAACUACAGCUUCUAUAAGAGAGGCCAAAGAGGACGAAGAAGAUGAGGAGAAGAUUCACAAUGAAGAUUAUCAUCAUGAGCUUUCCGAUGGUGAUCUGGAUCUGGACCUUGUUGGUGAAGAUGAAGUAAAUCACCUUGAUGGCAGUAGUUCCUCAGCUAGUUCAACAGCAACAAGUAACACAGAAGAAAAUGACAUUGAUGAAGAAACUAUGUCUGGGGAAAAUGAUGUGGAAUACAACAACAUGGAAUUGGAAGAGGGAGAACUCAUGGAAGAUGCAGCUGCUGCGGGACCUCCAUGUAGUACUCAUGGCUUUGUGGGUGCCGGAAGCAGAAUGUCAAGAAGAGCACAUUUAUGUUCUGCCACUACCAGUAGUUUAUUAGACAUUGAUCCAUUAAUUUUAAUACAUUUGUUGGACCUUAAGGACAGGAGCAGUAUGGAAAACUUAUGGGGCUUACAGCCUCGCCCACCUGCUGCACUUUUGCAGCCCACAGCAUCAUAUUCUCGAAAAGAUAAAGAUCAAAGGAAGCAGCAGGCGAUGUGGCGCGUUCCCUCUGAUUUAAAGAUGCUAAAAAGACUCAAAACUCAAAUGGCUGAAGUUCGAUGUAUGAAAACUGAUGUAAAGAACACACCUUCAGAAAUAAAAAGCAGCAACGCUGCUUCUGGAGACAUGCAGACAAACCUUUUUUCUGCUGACCAGGCAGCUCUGGCUGUGUGCGAAAUGGAAAACUCUGGCAGAUUACAGGAUUUGGGAAUGGAGCUCCUGGCAAAGUCAUCAGUUGCCAGUUGUUACAUACGAAACUCCACAAAUAAAAAGAGCAGUUCACCCAAGCCAGCCCGAUCCAGUAUAGCAGGUAGCCUGUCGCUUCGAAGAGCAGUGGACUCUGGAGAACAUAGUCAUUCAAAGGGAGACUGUCAAACCUUGUUUGAAGGCUCCCCAGGAAGCUCACAAUCCGGGAACAGGCACAGUGGUCCCCACGCCUUGACACAGGCCGGAAUCAGUGAUUUGGUGCCCCAAACUGAAGACCGGCAAUGUAAAGCUUUGGAUACAGAUGCUGUUGUGGUUGCAGUUUUCAAUGGCUUACCUACUGUUGAGAAAAGGAGAAAAAUGGUCAUCUUGGGGACUAAUGCUAAAGGAGGACAUCUGGAAGGAAUACAAAUGAGUGAUUUGGAAAAUAAUUCUGAAACUGGGGAGUUACAGCCUAUACUACCUGAAGGAGCUUCAGCUGCCCCUGAGGAAGGAAUGAGCAGCGACAGUGAUAUUGAAUGUGACACUGAGAAUGAGGAGCAAGAAGAGCUCGGCGGCAUGGGUGGCUUUAAUGACUCUUUCAUGGCGCAGCCUCCAGAUGAAGACACAUGUUCCAGUUUUCCUGAUGGCGAACAAAUAGGCCCUGAAGAUCUCCACUUCAGUACUGAUGAAAACAGUGGAAGGUAA